GCAGAACAUUACCGAGCUCCCUCCGCCGCCCCCGCCGCCGUCGGCGUUCCGGUAGCGUUCGAGCGGACCAUUAGGGUCGACAUGGUCACCGGUGGUGGGAUCGAGGUCAGCCCAGCACGGCCGCCGAGGUCGGACACACGGUCCUGACGCAGUCCGUGACCACCGGGCCUAUCGGGACGACCAGACGGAGCCGAGCAGCCGAGCGAGGCAGAGUAGAAGCUGAGUGGACGGCGUGGUGGACGGGGGACCGGGGGGAGUGAGAGCAGUGGACAGUAAUGUGGACAGAGGAGAGGAGAGCAUUCGGUGUUGUGGCGUGAUUCGAGUGAAAAGUGAAAAGAAGAGGAAGGCGUUUCAGGCAAGAGAAAGGGACAAGUACAGUAAAGCAAGCAAGCCGCCAUCUUUCGGAGCGAUGCGUCGAUCCUCCAAAGGUCAUCGACUGGCCUCGUGUUCGACCAGUGACCUGGUGCGACCUCCGCCACCUGACCCAGCGCGGGGUCGAGCCGGAUCCAUCUGCACCAGUCUCAUAGAGCGCGAUCCUGUGCUCAUGGUGGCGCUCACCAAUCGACUCACCGUGGACGAUGGACAGCGCAGCCGCUCCAGCUGGGCCCGAGAGACAGGCUGGCUCCGCUGGGUGCACAAGCGGGCAGACUCCCUCACCAUGGAGACCAGCGGCGGUCUGCUCAGAGGAAAGGGUCGGCCGAGACUCAAGACUGCCUCGGACACCACCGGUCUCGGUGGGCUGCGGAGCCGCGACUGGGGCGCCGCCCAGCGGACGUCGGCCGAACCACACUGGCUCAGCCUGGAGGGCCUGAACCUCGAGAUAGCCGAGGAGCUGGAGGAUGAGAUGACGUCACAGCCGGCCACCAGCCGCCAGCAGCUGCUGGAGGAGGUGCUCCAGACCAAGGAGCUACUGCAAAACAAGCAGCGACACAAAAACAGCGGGGGCUGGACGAUGACGACGGCUGAGGUGCUGAACGCCGCUGAUCGAGAGGAACGCCAGGUGCAGAUGGAGGCCUACCGACAGCAGGUGCAGCUGCGACAGAGAAAAAUGUCCGCCGCACUCAAGGCCCAGUCUCCCGUAGGAAAGACUCUGAGUGAGGCGGCCACGUGCGACCUCAGCACGGACGAACGCCGUGAGCUGGAGCAGCGCCUGCAGUCACUCGAGUCACACAUCCGUCAGAGCGAGCUGUGCGCGCGCGACACGGUCACCCAGAUCCGCAGCCGGCGCCGCCAGCAGCUCAGGACCAUGCAGGACCUCGGUGUGGUGGACCCCAGCCUGGCGGUGGACGCGGCCGCCGGGCACCGCUCCGCGGCCACCACCCCCACCGGCGCCGGCGAGGGUGCCUCCGGAGACUGGGAGGAGUCGGUAACGCUGCGCCGACCACGCUCACUGCACUCGCCGUCUCUGACGCGUCGGAGGACACCGCUGCGCUUCAUCAGUAACCUGGGGAGGAGGCAGCGCCGCUCGGUCUCGGAGUGGGAGGAGCCGGCGCCGCAGGAGCGGCCCGCAGAGACCGGCUCCCCGCUCCGCUCCCAGGUCAGCCCGGCGGCGCUGCAGGAGAUCAGCAGGUUCGAGAGGAUGAUGGAGGACUACCUGCACCAGCACCAGCAGCGGCACCACCAGCUCACGGCGGCCCCGCUCCGCCGGCGAGCGGCGCCGCCGAUCGUGCAGCAGUGUCUGUAACGGCGCCGCGCUUCAACCGCUCCAACAAUGUGACGGGAUGUCUUAUUUUGUAUGUUUACCACUCGUACUGUGCCGGGACGGUGCUCCUACGCAUCGGUUUUUGACGUAUGUGUGCUUUAUGUAUCAUGAUGGCAUAAGGUAAUAAUAAUACCUAUUUGCAUCAUAAAUAUAUUGAUGCCUAUUGUAUCAUGAAAAUGUAUAUCCGUAAACACUAAGGAUAAUGUCGGUAUAAUACAAAGCUCAUUGUCAUUGUCGCGGAAAA